AUGGGUGCCGAUGCCGCCGCGCUGCUGGCCGCGCGGCGCGGCGGGCAGCUGGCGGCGGUCGCGCUCUUCUCAGGGGGCUACGAGCGGCUCCUGCGGGAGCCGCCAGCGCAGGCCGCGGAGCAGCUGUCGGGCGUGGGCCUGCGCGCGUUCCACGCCGCGAGCGACACGUACGCCCCGCCCCAGCACUCGAGGGACAUGUUCGAGUGGCUCUGCGGGCGGCUGGGCGGCGAGGUGGGCAGCCCGACGACCGCCGCCUUCGACGACCCGGAGCCGCCCUACUGGGACCUCGGGACCUGGGCGCGAAGGUCGAUUUCGAGGUGCUGGAGUGCCACCAGCCUGGCGUGGAGAGGACGCUGUGGCUCAU